AUGUCUUAUGCAAGUUACAACACAGUUGAUCAAUAUUCAAGUCCAAGUGUUGGUUCUUCAGACUUACCAAUAGAUAUGGCAGAAGGAAAUGAAGCAAAUGUAGACCUAAUUGGGUUAGAAUGUGAUGCUGGAAAGGAUGUUACUAAGGAAGUUGAAGAAGUGGAAGGGGACUACUUGGAUAGUAAGUUGCAGAAAAGAGUUUUGAACUUUGUUGAAGUUCUUCCUCCACAUACUGGUACAUGUGUUUGUGAUGCAAUAUACAAAUGCUUGCAAGAAUGGAGUAUUGAAGAGAAAGUGUGGACAAUCACGGUGGAUAAUGCCUCAUAUAAUGAUUCAGCUGUGAGAUUGUUACAUGACUCUCUUUCUUUCCAUACAAAUUUGCCACUUGAUGGUAAGUUAUUUCAUAUUCGUUGUUGUGCACACAUAUUGAACAUUCUUGUGCAAGAUGGUCUUUCUGAGAUUAAGUCUAUCAUUGAAAAUGUGAGAGAUAGUGUCAAGUACAUUAGUGCCUCACCUCAACGAUUGCAUAGUUUUAAUGAGAUUUGCAAACAGCUUCAAGUGCCUAGCAAGAAGUUGAUUUUAGAUUGCUGCACUAGGUGGAAUGCAACAUUUGUUAUGUUGUCCUGUGCUUUGGAUUUUAAGCAAGUAUUCCCCCGAUAUCAACUUCGAGAUCCGAAUUAUAAUUGCUUGCCUUCUAAUGAUGAUUGA